GUCGACCUCUCUCCAGGAAAGGCUGUUUUCUUUUUUCCCACCGUCCCGCCCCUUUUCCAACCCCACGAGGUGGAAAUGCAGACGAUCUGAGUCUGCAAGAAACUCCCUUUCGUAAAGUUCUAAUUGGUUCAAAAAUAAAUAUAAAAAGAAAAUAACGCCGUCCACCCUUUAAGGAAAAUGAAAACGAUACAGGGAUGUAACGACACUGUUUUGCACUUUAUUGAUCUUUCUCCUUUCUCCUUUCUUCUUCCUUCCUUCCUGAUCUGAGAGUGGUCGACUAGAGUUUUUCUUGCUUUUUUUUUGACUCUUCGUUCGUCAACGAAGCCGCAGCGCUGAGCGCCCUCCUCGUGAAACUCGUGUGCGGGAACACAAAUAUCUCUCUCGUGGCUCUCGCGUGUUGUUGCUAGCUUUUGCUGCUUUUUUCUCGGCUUUCAUGUCGUCCAGGCGUGAUCCUGCGCGCGUUCUCGAGCGGCAGCGACAAGACGUGCUCGCUGUGGUCAGAAACUCCCUUUUUUAAGUUAAACACGUAUAUAUAUACUUAUGUUCCGCAAACGGAAGAAGAAAAAGAUUGAACUCAGAACGUACCAUAGAGCCUUUGCCAGCACACCCCCUCCCCAUCUUGCGCUCUUUGUUGUCCGUUGCGGUCAAACAAUUUGUGGAGCAUCUGUUUCUACUCGGGCUGGUGCAACACACAAGCAGCUCUUUCUUCCGUGCGCAUGUCCACGUUGAGCUUCUCGCAACCAUUCAAAGAGCGUAAUGAGUGAUUGGUAUCACCGCUGCGAGGUGCGUGUUGCCCUCCCCCUCUCUUUUUCUAUUUUUUCCCCUGCUCUUUGCUCUUCUAACACGCCGGUUGCAGUAGGUAAAGCUGUUUGAGUUCACGGUCCAACGAGAGGCACACACACAGUCUCUUCCUCCCUCUCUCUCGGAAAAUAAAUUCUCGUUUCCUUCUCGGUGCUGCGUUAUCGUGGGCGAACAGCUCGACCCAAACCGCGUAAAAAUUCACUCCAACCUGAAGUGGAACCGUAGAUAUAUGUUUUAAAUAGAACUUUUCUUUUCACAUCUUUUCUCUUUACAACAGAUUUACCCGAAUAGCUGUCCAAGAAUGUUCGUCUACCUCAGCAAGCGCAUCGCCAUGCCGAACGGCGUAAAGGUCACGGCGAUCGCCUGGAGCGAGGAGCAGGGUUGGCUGGCCUGCGGAGGUGACAAAGGCCUCCUGAAGGUGCUGAAGGUGGACGGCGGGCCGCAGGGACAAAAGUCGGGCGGUCUCUCCUCCAAUCAGACCCUUGAAGGCCACGAAAACACCGUGGACCUCGUGACGUGGAACCAGCAGUACUGCAAGCUUACCAGCAGCGACGUCAGCGGACGCAUCAUCGUGUGGAUGCUGCACAAAGGGAUGUGGUUCGAGGAGAUGGUGAACAACCGCAACUCCAGUCGCGUCGUUGACCUCAGCUGGAACCCGGUAGGCACGAAGAUUUGCAUUGCGUACGAGGAUGGCGCCGUGAUUGUGGGCGGUGUGGAGGGCAACCGCUACUGGGGCCGCGAGCUGCCCUACGAGCUGGCCAAGGUGUGCUGGAGUGCGGACGGGCUCUUCAUCCUCUUUGGCACCUCGUCGGGCGACGUGUUUGUGCACGACGCCGUCAGCGGUACGCAGCUCAGUCAGGUGAGCGUCCAGUGCGAGGAGGGGGAGACGCAGCACCGAUUGGCCGGCUUGGCGUGGAAUGCGGCGUGGGUGGAGCGACCGGAGCCACUGGCGACGCUCUGCGUGUGCUACGUCUCCGGCAAGAUGCAGUUGAUGGGCAGCAUCGGCGACAAGCAGCCUUACAUCAUGGACAGCGGCAUUCCUGUGCAGUACAUUGCGUGGAACCCGCAGGGCACUGUGCUGGCGGUCGCAGCCGUGACGCCGACGGCCACCCCCGACGCGUCGGUCAUCGUCACGCAGUUCUUCAGCAACGAGGGCAUCCAUCUUCGGACGCUGCGGGUGGCGGGCAAGCAGUGCGGGGGCCUCACCUGGGAGGGCGGCGGUCUGCGCGUCGCCAUCGCCGUGGAUUCCUCUGUGUACUUCGCCAACGUGCGGCUGGACUACAAGUACUGCUACUUCAAACAAACCGUUGUCUUCUCCUUCACCGUGCCGGACAAGGUGGAGGAGAGCGUCAUGUUUUGGAAUGUGAACUCCAACGAGCGGUGGACGAAGAGCAUCCGCGGCCUGCAGUACCUCAACGCGUGCGGCGACGCCUGCGUACUCAUCUGCCGGCCGGACGAGGCGCAGCAGCAGUCGAUGAUUCAGCUGGUGAACAACAUCGGCAGCCCGCUUGAGACGCGCUUCAUUGACUUGGAGCCGUACACGUACGACAUGAACUCGUCGCACAUCGUCUGCUGCGGUGAUGAGAACGUGUACCUCUGGCAGUUUCGCGACCCGUCCGCCGCCGUCGACGCCCUCGACCCGAUUUCGAUGCAGGCGAGCCGGUCGGAGAGCCGCGAGCGCAUCAUCCACGUCGACGACAUCGUCCGCGGCGACACGGAGGCGACGAUGAAGACGCGCGCGGCCCUCACGAACGACCUCAUCUGCGCCGUCUGCCUCAGCGAGGACUACAUGUACGUCUCGCGAGAGUCCGGCACGCUGCACAUCUAUCAACUAGAGCCGCUGCAGCUCGUGGCGAAGUCGAUCCUGCCUUCCCGUGCGCAGUCCAUGUCGGCGAACUGCGACUCAACGCAGCUGGCGGUGAUUGAUCUUGGCGGCAUCAUGAACGUCUAUCGCACCGAGAAGGAGAAGUUUUCGCUCGUGCCACGCAAGGCGGAGGCCAUCGAGGGCAUCGAGCGCAAGGACGUGUGGAACUUCUGCUGGGCCUCGGACGACCCCUUCCGCUUCGCCGUGAUGGAGAAGACGCGAAUGUUUGUGUACGACCACGGCGUGGCGGAGGAGCCGCUGCAGUCGUGCGCAAACCUGUGCAAGUUCAAACACCUGAAAAUCCGCGCCCUGCAGUUCGACGAGCUCCUCUUAGACCCGGAGCGGCCGCGCAAGGACUACGUGGUGGACUUCGAGGUCCAGUUGCUGCGGGACAUGCAGGCGAUACUGCACGAGGGCACCGUGAAGGCCGCCUACGAGUUUGCGGAGCAGCGCAACCAAACGAAGCUGUGGGCCCUGCUGGCGGAGCACGCGCUCUUUCAGCUCGACUUCACCUACGCCGAGGUCGCCUUCAUCCACUGCAAAGACUACCCGGCGAUUCAGUUUGUGAAGCGCAUCCGCGGCCUCGACGACCCGAAGAAGCAGCUGGCCGAGGUCAACGCGUACUACCACCGCUUCGACGAGGCGGAGCGGCUAUACAAGGACGUCGACCGCAAAGACCUCGCGCUCGAUCUGCGCUACCGCCUCGGGGAUUGGUUCGGCGUGGUGCGUCUCGUCCAGGAAGGCGGCGGUGAUGAAGCGCUUCUCUUCCAGGCGUGGGAGAACAUCGGCGACCACUACGCAGACCGGCAGAAGUGGUCCAAGGCAUCGCAGUACUACACGCAGUGCCGCCACUACCGCAAGCUCGCACGCGUCUUCUACAUUAUUGAAGAUUUUGAGAUGCUGACACAGCUCAUCUCGAUGGCGGACCACGACAAGGAGUUGAUGCUCACCCUCGGUCACAUGCUGCUGACGGUCGGGAUGGGGGAGGAGGCCGCGGAGGCGUUUGUGGCCGCCGGCGAGCCGCGCAUGGCCGUCGACGGUUGCGUGCAGGUGAACAUGUGGAACCGCGCGAUCAGCCUGGCGGAGGAGAAUCACCUCGAAGACGUCGGACAGCUACUGGACAAGUAUGCGAAGUACCUCAUCCACCGGGAGCGGCUGACCGAGGCGAUCGAGUUGUACCGCAAAGCCGGCAAGCAUGACGAGGCGGCGACGCUGCUGGCGAAGUUGGGCCGCCGGGCUGCCCUGACGGACCCCCUCAAGGCAAAGAAGUUUUACGUGCUGUCCGCUUUGGAGGUGCAGAAGUACCGCAUGGCCGCCAUCGCACUGAACCGCGACGGGGCGGAGGUGGUGUCGGAGAUGCUCAACAAAGACCGCAGCGCAGUGUCGGAGCGCACGCUCGACGCCGCGUGGCGCGGGGCCGAAGCCUUUCACUUCUUUCUCAUGUGCCAGCAGCAGAUACUGGACAAGAACUUCAAGGUCGCCCUCGUGCUCGCGAUGCGGCUGGUGGAGUACGACGACCUGGUGGCGCCGGUCGACGCCUACAGCCUCAUUGCCCUGACUGCGUACCUCGCCAAGAACUUCGGCCUCUGCAGUAAGGCCUUUGCUCGGCUGGAGAAUGCGGAGCGCAACGACCAGGCGGGCGGCGCCGGCGCUGCCGUGCAGCUGGAGAACUUCUCCUUGGACCUCGACGUGACGCAGCGCACGAUGGCGCACACGAGCGCCGGCACGAUGACCGGCGGCACCGCACCGUCUGCCGGGGGCGGCUCCGUCUUGUCCGGCACGACGACGUCCCUUCAGCUAACGAACCCCGGGAAGGGGGUUACCCGCACAGCAGCGCUCACCUACCCAACGGUGAAUCUAUGUGACCCGCCGCACCGCUUCGCUGAGCUCGCCAUGCGCAUCUUCAUGACGCACCCGCCCGUGGACACGUCGGUGGACUCCAUCCCCUGCCCGACGUGCGGCAGUUUCAAUAAGGAGUGGGCGCAGCAGUGCGUGAAGUGCCAGCAGCCGUUUAGUACCUGCGUGGUGAGCGGCAGCGCCAUCGUGUCAGAGGACGAGGCGUGGCAGUGCUCGGUGUGCCAUCGGAAGGCGGUGGAGUCGUUGAUGGACAAGUAUCGCAACUGUCCUCUGUGCCACACACCAAAGAAGGGUCGCACGCGCCGCGCUCUCUGA